CAACUCAGGCUCGUUGACAUCCAUAGGGUCCAAGAACCCUUCUUCCGUUGGUUCUAGGUGCUAGUAAUAGUUGGCCCAGACAUCCUCGUUGCUGCAUUUGCCAUGCACCAACCAAGCCCCCACCACCUCUAGCAAAACGAUGGCUCUCUCUCAACAAAAUGCCCUUCCUAACCCCCGCCGCCGCCGCCUCCCUCAUCGAGUCCGCCGUGUCAACUCACUCCCCCCUCCUCGGCCGCUCCACCCACGCCCAAAUCCUCAAAACCCUCUCCACCAUUCCUCCCUUCCUCUCCAACCACCUCAUCCACAUGUACUCCAAACUCGACCUACCCAACUCAGCCCACCUCCUCCUCCGACUCACCUCGAAUCGCUCCGUCGUCACCUGGACCUCCCUGAUCUCCGGCGCUGUCCGUAACGGCCACUUCUCCCUCUCCCUAUCCCACUUCUCCAGCAUGUGCCGCGACGGCGUAAACCCUAACGACUUCACCUUCCCUGUCGCUUUUAAAGCCUCCGGUUGUCUCCGGUUGCCGGUUGCCGGGCAACAGCUUCAUGGGUUGGCAAUUAAAGACGGGCAAAUGGUAGAUGCGUUUGUUGGGUGCAGUGCCUUUGAUAUGUACUGUAAGACGGGGCUUAGAGAUGAUGCUUGUAAGGUGUUCGAUGAAAUGCCGCACAGAAAUCUUGCGACGUGGAAUGCGUGUAUUUCGAAUUAUGUGCUUGACGGGCGGCCUGGUAGUGCUGUGUCUAUGUUUAUUGAGUUUCGGCGAAAUGGUGGAGGGGGUGACGCGAUUACGUUUUGCGCAUUUCUCAAUGCGUGCUCAGAUGCUGAGGAUUUGAAACUGGGGAGACAGUUACAUGGGUUUGUGAUUCAGUACGGGUACGAGGCAGAUGUCUCGGUUGCAAAUGGGUUGAUUGAUUUUUAUGGGAAAUGUCACGAGAUGGGUUGCUUUGAGGUUGUUUUUGGUGGGAUGAGUAGUCGGAAUGAUGUUUCGUGGAGUUCGAUGGUGGCUGCUUAUGAGCAGAAUGAUGAGCAAGAGGAGGCUUGUUUGGUGUUCGUGAAGGCAAGGACAGAAGGCAUUGAGCCAACGGAUUAUAUGGUUUCUAGUGUUUUGAGCGCUUGUGCUGGCCUUGCAGGGCUCGAAUUGGGCAGGUCAGUCCAUGCGCUUGCUGCAAAAGCGUGCGUAGAAAAGAAUGUGUUCGUUGGUAGUGCACUUGUUGACAUGUAUGGGAAAUGUGGAAGCUUAGAGGAUUGUGAGACAGCGUUUCAUGAGAUGGGUGAGAGAAAUUCGGUGACCUGGAAUGCGUUGCUAGGUGGGUAUGCACACCAAGGUCAUGCGGAUAUGGCUCUGGCAUUGUUCCAAGAAAUGACAUGUGGAAUCCAUGAGGUGGGGCCCAAUUAUGUGACCCUUGUGUGUGUAUUAUCGGCAUGUAGUAGGGCCGGGGAAGUGAAAAUGGGAAUGGAGAUAUUUGAGUCGAUGAGAGGAAGGUAUGGGAUUGAACCGGGUAUUGAGCACUAUGCAUGUGUUGUGGACAUACUUGCGCGAGCAGGGAAGGUGGAGGAAGCCUAUGAGUUUAUAAGGAGAAUGCCUGUUCGUCCAAAUGUUUCGGUCUGGGGGGCACUUCUUGGGGCUUGUAGAGUUUAUGGGAAACCAGAACUGGGGAGGGUUGCAGCUGAAAACUUGUUUGAACUUGAUCCACAUGACUCUGGCAACCAUGUAUUGCUUUCGAACAUGUUUGCAGCUUCUGGCAGGUGGGAAGAUGCUAACCUUGUGAGGAAGGAAAUGAAGGAUGUUGGAAUAAAGAAGGGCGUGGGCUGCAGUUGGAUAUCUGUGAAAAACUUGGUCCAUGUGUUCCAAGCAAAAGACACCUCUCAUGAAAUGAACUCAGAAAUCCAGAAAAUGCUUACUAAGCUGAAGAAGGAUAUGAAGUCAGCUGGCUACGUACCCGACACCAAACAAGCCCUCUAUGAUUUAGAAGAGGAAGAGAAAGAAACAGAAGUUUGGUACCAUAGUGAGAAGAUAGCCCUUGCAUUCGGCCUAAUUGCUUUACCUCCUGGAAUCCCUAUACGGAUAACGAAAAAUCUUAGGGUUUGUGUCGAUUGCCAUAGCGCAAUUAAGUUCAUCUCAGGCAUUGUUGGCAGAGAAAUUAUUCUAAGAGACAAUAACCGGUUUCAUCGGUUUAGAGAUAAUCAAUGCUCUUGUAGAGAUUAUUGGUGAUAGUUUGAAAAUCUUUCAUAUAGUUUCUCACAGGUUGUCAAGGUUAUAAAUAACUACCAUGUCGUAUGCCCAGAUUUAGCAGAUUAUAGGAGUUUUAGUGCAUGAAUGAACACCAAUAGAGCUUAAUCUUGGAGAAAAUGUGUUUGGAUGCAAUUUUUUCUUUUUUGAUAGUAUCACAGGGAGUCGAACGCUAGGCAGGUGGGCACAUUCGAACUCGUUUGAUUGCAAACGAGUUGGAGAAUUAAUUUGCAUAUGUAUAUACAGAGCCGCGAAUGUUACUGUACAAUAUAAUUUCAAAUAACAUUGUUAUCUUUUAAAA